AUGGGUUAUGCAGCUCUUGGCAUUCCUCUUGUUCUGUUAUACUUAUCAAGUGUAGGAAGCCUUCUUUCAAGCUGUGCCAGAAACAUCUUCACCCGCUCUUUGUGUUGUUGCCUGUGCUCAAACUGUGGUUACUGUUGUUAUGAUGAAAAGAGGAUGCAAGAAAAAGAGCGAAGAAUGAGAAAAAAAAGGGAGCGACGAGAAUAUGAGCAGCGAAUGCAGGGCCUCCGUACUGGUCAGGAACCAUUUUAUGUCCGUUCAGCUUCCGCUUACACAACCUCUACUACUAACAAUCUGCUUAGUCCAUUGGAAGAAAACAAGGUUCAAACGAGGUCUACCUCUGUUUUGGAUGCUGAAUGCCUUAGCAAUGACACCUCCUUUGUUGAUUCCAAAUCAAGUGGAAAUUUUCUAGCACCUCUGCUUCUGUGUUUUAUUGUAAUGAUUAUCUAUAUAGGUGGUGGAGCAUUCAUUUUAUUCAAGUUAGAAGAAUCCUGGUCCUAUUUUGAAAGUAUAUUUUUUUGCUUUAUGGUACUAAGUACUAUAGGUUUCGGAGAUUCUGUCACUAAUGAUACGACUUUUCCUGGAAGAGUUCAAUACAAAACUCCAACAGAAGAAGUGACCGUAUGGUUUUGCUCUAUCUACAUUCUCUGUGGUUUGGCUCUUACCUCAAUGUGUUUUAAUGUAGUUCAUGAAGAAAUUGUUCAGAGGCUCAAAAGUCAUUAUAUUAUUGUUAAUAACCUAACUGGUUCCAAAGAAAAUUCUGUCAACUCUUUUAAAAUGACAACCACUGCUACAUUUACAGAGGAGCCUUCUUCAAAUGAAUACCUGUCCUCUUGA